UUUACCAGCAAAGCAAUGCUAUUUUGACACAUUUUUAGACUGCAGAUUAUUAUGGUUGUGUACAAGUGGUGUGAAAGUGUUGUGUUACAAUAUACAACAAUGAUACAUUAGACGCCUACUGCUUUUAAACGUUUUUAAAUAGUUUAAUAAAAUUAGUUCGCCAUAAGUCAGUAACGAAACUGUUAUCUAAAUUAUUAUUCGAUAAAAUACCUGUAAGUGUAAAUAAAAAUAGCCUUGUUUAAAUAUCUAUUUUAAAUUUAAAUAUAUCGAGUCUACGUAGUUUUAUCACACUUGUUGCUUAAAUCAUUCCUAUUAAGGUAGCACUUAAUAAACACGCCAAAUUAUUUUUGUGAAAUAUAAUUUAUAUAAAUUGUUACGUGUAUUUAACACAAUAUGCACCAGUAGAUUUUUUUUAAAUUGCGUUGCUCAAAAUAAAACAACAGGCGACCCGCAUACGAUUCGAUUUUCGUUCUCAAUUUCCAUACAAGUAGCGACGUCAAACGGGUAUCGGCCGAAGUAGAACGAAUACGUAGACCCUCGAAAGUGGACGUGUGUGGAACAGCAUGAAGAAAAACGUAAAAAUGGAGUAAUUGUGUAGUUGUCGUGAAAACGUGUGAUAAAUAAUAGUGUGGAAGAUGUGUGGUAACGUGUGUACGUGAAAAUAAUGUCUUUAAACUACUCGAGAACUUGAAAAUAAUUUUGUAAACAAACUGAUCAACAUUCGUUCUUUCAAAAUGGCUGGACUUUGAAGAAACUCUUUGUCCGUAUGUCAGUAUGAAAGUUGAGCUAUUUGCAGGAAGAAGGAGGAUAGACAGGGAAUGCAUGACAUGUUCAUCCAAUCCCAGCAGUUGGUCACGAGUAGCAGCAGCAACAACGGGGCGGUACAACCAAAAAAGCGUAAGACAGAACAUUAUAGCUCUAACGGUGGUGUUAACCCCAAUAGCGGUGGCGAACUGUCUCUCGUCGAGCAAGUUUUCUCUGUAACCGCACACGGGCACAAUCAAAACUUUACCUCAACAACAUUCGACCUCAAUCAUGCUAGUCCGAGUCUUGGGAACCAGCAACCAUUCGUUCGAGCCUCUACCAUCAAGCUCUUAGAUACCUACCAGCGCUGCGGCCAAAAGCGUAAGACCUGGUCGCCCGAAGGUAAUGGUAAUAGUUGUGGGGAGGCAGUUCCCAACACAGAUUGCACAACUACAACAACCACGACGGCCCACAGCAAGGUUACAGCGGCUCCGGGGGCUAACAACCCCCAGCCGCAAGGUAAGAAAAAAUGCUCGGGUUCCGGUGCCGAUGGGGACUACCAGCUGGUGCAGCACGAGGUGCUGUACUCCAUGGCCAAUCAGUACGAGGUGCUGGAGUUCCUCGGAAGAGGGACGUUCGGGCAGGUCGUCAAGUGCUGGAAGAAAGGGACAAAUGAGAUCGUCGCCAUCAAGAUUUUGAAGAAUCAUCCUUCUUAUGCUAGACAGGGCCAAAUUGAAGUGAGCAUCCUUUCCAGAUUGAGCCAGGAAAAUGCCGAUGAAUUCAAUUUCGUCAGGGCCUACGAAUGUUUCCAGCACAAGAACCACACUUGUCUUGUGUUCGAGAUGCUUGAACAGAACCUCUAUGACUUCCUCAAGCAGAACAAAUUCAGUCCUCUACCCCUGAAAUAUAUCAGACCGAUUCUGCAGCAGGUCUUAACUGCAUUGCUCAAACUUAAGCAAUUGGGACUGAUUCAUGCUGAUCUUAAACCAGAGAAUAUCAUGCUAGUGGACCCUGUCAGGCAGCCCUACAGGGUGAAAGUCAUCGAUUUCGGCAGUGCGAGUCACGUCAGCAAAGCCGUAUGCAACACGUACUUGCAGUCCCGCUACUACCGGGCGCCCGAAAUCAUCUUGGGCCUCCCUUUCUGCGAAGCCAUCGACAUGUGGUCGCUUGGGUGUGUGGUCGCCGAACUGUUCUUGGGAUGGCCGCUAUAUCCCGGUUCCUCGGAAUACGACCAAAUCAGAUACAUCAGCCAGACGCAAGGUCUACCUACGGAGCAUAUGCUCAAUAAUGCUUCGAAAACCACCAAGUUCUUUUACCGUGAUAUGGAGAGCACAUACCCGUUCUGGAGGCUUAAAACGCCAGAAGAACACGAAGCCGAGACUGGUAUUAAAUCGAAGGAGGCAAGGAAGUACAUCUUCAACUGUCUAGAUGAUAUAGGUCAGGUCAACGUGCCGACGGACCUGGAAGGGGGCCAGUUACUAGCGGAGAAGGUGGACAGGAAGGAAUUCAUCGAUCUUCUGAAGAGAAUGCUCACAAUGGACCAGGUAGAGCGACGAACAACUCCCGGAGAGGCACUUAACCACCCGUUCGUCAGACUAGCACAUCUAGUAGACUAUGCACACUGCAACAACGUAAAGGCGAGCGUACAAAUGAUGGAGGUCUGUCGUAGAAACGAUUACAACAACACAACCACGGCUUCGCACCACCAACCGGCACAGCAGGCUCCAUCGUUGGUCGCCAACUUCGUUCCCAGCUCCAACGGCAACGUGACGUUCACCAUAAAUAACCAGUUGACGAAUCAAGUCCAGAGGCUCGUGAGGGACAGAUCCGGUUACGAUAAUCUGUAUCAAAUUUACAACGGCAGGACGGUCGGACGACAGUACGCCACCAGUAGCAGGGCCGAUCCUUUCCAGCACCAGCUGGUUUCGAGCAUUCUGUGUCCGGCGGGGUACCAAGGCAUGGGGGGAUCGCCGGCUAAACACGUGACCGUCGUUCAGCAGCCUCAGCUGCAGAUUCAGCCCCCGAUACUCAGCCAGCCGGGCCAGCAGCAGUAUGUGCCGGUGAGCGUCGUCGAACCUACCGGAAGACAGAUGUUACUGACGAAUUUCGAGAAUUACCACAAUUUACAGAACGCCGUACAGACUUCUUGGCCCACAAACCGCCAGCAAAUGGCCAUCGUACCAUCGUGGCAACAGCUGCCUCCGCAACACGCCGCCAUACAGCAGCCCCUUUUAUCGGAAGCGGAAUGGGGUAGGCCACUUCUGGUAGACUCUUCGGCAAUCCUGCAGGAGCAGCGUCCGGUUUUUCCCGUCGACGUCGCCACCGAAGUAUACAAUCCGGCUAUUGUCGAACACACGGGUAGUUCGUGGGGCACAAGUAAAAGGAGUUCCAAGAAUCAUCACGUUCAGCAAUCCAACGGGCAUCAUAGUCAUCACCAUUUGAUGGUACCGUCGCAUCAUAGAUCUCAACACGACAAGAAAGAGCAAACUCAGCUUAGUCCGGUCAAGAAACGCGUAAAGGAGGGCACGCCCCCCUCGGAGCAGAUCAAUUAUGCGAGCAGCAGCAGGAGAAAUCACAGUCCAAACGUUAACGGUCACUGGCAACAUCCUCCUCACCCACAAGUAAUUUCUCAGGACCAUCACACACAGACAAUCCACCACCAUCACCACCACCACCACCACGGCAAGCAGCAUACGAUAACGAUCAACGACACGCCGUCGCCCGCCGUCUCCGUCAUCACCAUAUCCGAUAGCGAGGACGAAAGCACGCCCGGCAAGAAAGCGGUACACACCAACGCGCACCCGGCCCCGGCUCAACGUAAGAACGUUAUCAGUUGCGUGAGCGUGCAGGAUAGCGACAACGAGGAAAGGAGCUCCUCAAAGGCAAGGAACCAUAACAACAUCUACAAUCAGGUGAUCAAGAACGAGCCCUGCCAGAAUAACACCAACUACGCGUCCAUAUCGCAGAAGAAACGUCUCCUGGCUAAAGCUCAGUCGGAAUGUAUGCUAAACGUCCCCACGAAGCAAGAACCAACGGAUUACAAUUAUCUGCAACAUUGCAGUUCGGCCUGCAAGGAACCACCUCAGGCCUAUCACUACGUUAACGCCGGUCACGAGCCUCAGGUUUACUCUACUAGCGACAAGAGGGUCUCUUGGGCCCCGCCGGCCGCCCAUAACACCUCCAGCCACUCGAGGAGGCAUUCCGCCGUGCCCGUAGUCAGUCUACAGGAGUACGCCGUGCCGGCUCAAACACACGCGGAAUACAUCCAACCGCCAGCGGCCCACACCACCAGGGAUAGCCUCGCGGUGGCUAGGGAACAGCACCUGCUGGCUCCCGGGAAGAGUUGGGGACCCCCUCAGGCCAUACACCCGAGUUACAGACGUAAUUGUAGACACAGCAAUACUCACCUCUCACCCCAACCGUUGGCUGGAGCUCCAAGGUUGUCACCCCAGCAUCCACUUGCUGCUGCGGGUCAGCCUUUAUAUCAUCAGACUGAGCUGUAUCGUCGGCCCGUAUAUGUCACCACGACUCAGCCGGGAUACCUCGCUGCCACUCACCAAGUGGCACCCGCCGGCCGUGCACUGCCGCCACCACCCGCUCACCACUCCAGCGCACGACCAGUGCUGGCGAGUCACGCCGCUCAUCCUCUACCGGCACACAUGCAGUUUCCGUCUCACGCCCAAGUGGCAGCUGCCUCGUACGGGUUCGCACCACUGAGCCCCGCAAAGAGCCACCAGUACCAGCCGGCGAGCGUGUGGUUCACGGAAUAAAAAAAUAAACAGAGUAAAAUUGGUGGGUUAAAGCUGGAACAAGCUCAACAACUCCAAUUUGUUUUUGAUGUUGAUUGUUUUCGCUGUUACGUAUUCAGUUCGGUGUAAUAUUGCAUAUCGAUUUUAAACUUUUUUUUGUGUUUGUGUGUCAGUGUUUUUUUUAAUUUAAGAAUUUAACAACCAACAAGUUUAUUCUAAUUAUUUUAUGCAAUGUUAUUAUGGGAGGUAGAUAGUUUUCGUGCAAUUAGCUGGAGGUUUUGUAAUUUUUUUUUUGUGUUUAAGAGGAACCUAAUUUCUAUUAUGCCUGCGAAAAUAACUUUUUGUCUUACUGUAUUGUCUAUUAUUGGUCUGUGUUAAAACUUAAUUUUUAAGGGUAAUUUUAUCGCUCAUAUUAUCGUUUUAUGUGUUUAAUUUGUAUUGAAAUGGGUGUAUUAGUAGUUUCCUUUAAGUUUAUCAGAACUUGGAUAUAUAUCUAAUAUGUUUUUACAUGUGUAAUGUUUCAAUUGUACAUAUAAUAUUAGGUGAUGUUUCUAAUCUACACAUCUAAAAAUAUUUUAGAAUAGUUUCUAUAACAGCAUCUAUUCGUUUAAUUUGUAAACCGCAAAACUUACAUAUUUAUAUACUGCCUUCAUAUCAAAAGUUUCACCGCCCCGCGGUGAAUAUAUUGUUAGCAUUUUAGUCAAGUAGAGGUAAUACUGAUAAUAAUUUUAUUGAUUUAGUUUUUAA